AUGCCGACUACUCCAUCUGAGUACGGUGGACUGCUUGUUCCAUCCCAGAGUCAAGUGUUGAAAGUAAACCGAGUACCAAGAUCAUGGAGUUUCGCUUCAGUUUUGGGAGGGGUUAUCCUCUUAAUUGGUUAUCUCACAUUAGCUGUUGUGUUUGGAGACUCGAAAACGGAUCCCGAAGUUAACAACACCGCGGCCGUUAUUAUAUCUUUAUUCUUCAUCGCUCUCUCACAUACUGCUUCAGUUGCGGUCGCAUUUUUCCAACGUCGGCGAAAGGCCUUUCUCCUGAAAUCAUUAUUUGUUCCGCUCACAAUGGCUAGACCAUAUACCCUGAUUAAUUUGAUCGCGCUAUUCAACAUUCUCCUUAAUAUUUUUGCUCGCAAUUUACGACCAUUGUCCACACUCCGAGUCGUUGCGGUUGGUUUAUCGAGUGGGUUCACUGUAAUAUACGGAUGUGCUGCCCUUUUGAUCUAUCAUGGAUAUGAAUCCACAGAGUCUUAUCGGCGAGAAGAUGGAAGUCCGCUACUGAGCGAUGAGGAAAUGCAACGACGACAACUCGCUCGGCUAUUGGAAGAGCGAUCCGUUAUUCAGUCAUCACCCGAGACUAGCUUCAGUACAUACCGACUUGAGAUUCCCACGCUGGAGCCGGUUCAGAAAACCUGGGAUCGACAUGCAAGUUCACACUCAGGAUCCCUGUCUCACUCUCGGUCAUGGAGCAGUGUCAGUCAGUCAGUCGUUUGA